AUAGUCUCUUCACCGCUGUCUCCUCUCACAGGGAGAAGAUGAUCUGCAGCAUCCUGCUGCUCAUCAUCCUGACCUCCUGUGUCUCUGGAACAUUUGUAGUGAAUGUGACCCAGACCUCCUAUCAGGCAGAGGAGAACCACCACAUCACACUGGAGUGGACCUUCACAUCCAACCCUCACAGUUCCUCCAACUCUCUUAAUAUCUUCUGUGAACUGUUAACUAUCCUCAAGAAUCCAGUCCUGUUUCAUCUCCAUGAAGGAGUUGAGGUCCCAGAGUCUCAGGAUGAACAGUUUGUAGGACGAGUCCAGUGGGACAAAGACGUCCUCAGAGAAGGACGACUCAGACUUCAUGUGUCCAGACUCAGGACUGAAGACUCGGGACUGUACCUGUGUGAUGUGCUCACAGAUUAUGGGAGUAACUCUGGUAGAUGUUUGCUCAAUGUCACUGCAGUGAGGGAUCGGCCUGAACCUGAGACACCAAACACAACAAGUCCACCAAACACAACAAGUCCACCAAACACAACAAGUCCACCAAACACAACAAGUCCACCACAACCAGAGAGUCGGGGAAGGAUCGUCCUCUACUGUGUACUGGGACUGACAGCAGCAACUCUGCUGGGUUUUUAUUUCUGUUAUUAUAGAUUAUUUCUGUCUAAAAAUCAAGAUUUCUACUGCUGGUUACUCUUUACCUCCACAGCUUUUCUUUAACCUUUAAAACACAUUCAGUGAGACGAUGACAGUCCCUGUCCUCUCCUGUAGACUGGAUCCUGAAUAAAGGAGUUCCCAUUGUUGUUAGCUUUUUCUCCACUAGGUGACACUAACGGCUUGUUAAAAUACAGCCGCAUGUUUGAACCAGUUCAACUGUUUAAAUGUUACUAAAGAUGUACAAACUCUAGUUUCCUGUACUAGUGAAGAUAUCAGGACAGAGACAACUUAAUAAAACAUUGUGCUGUUAUUAAUGUUAGAAUACACUAAAUGACGUGUUCUUAGAUUUCUGGGGACGAAGGAGAGG